UUGAACAGCUCUCAAAAUUAAAUCACUGACCUUUGAGAAUUUAGUGACCAAACAAGUGCUUGUCCUUGAGGCACAUAUCGGAGUGUGCAUUCCUUUACAUGAAGUUUCUGCACUCGGUUAAAGAUGCCCAAGAACACUGCAAGUACCAAGUGAACAAGCCAAAGUCAUAUAACCUAUCUAAAGAAUGAAAAGCUGGAUUGUGUUGCUGGCUAUUGUAGUCAGCACAGCAGAAACACAGAAGCAGGACGUCUGCACCCAAGGGUAUCCUGGCAUCCCUGGCAAUCCUGGGCACAAUGGCAUACCUGGUCGUGAUGGACGUGAUGGGUCAAAAGGAGACAAGGGAGAUACAGGUGAACCAGGAAUUCCUGGAAGUCCAGGAAAAGAUGGUGUCAAUGGAGAGAAAGGUGAACAAGGAACCAAUGGGACUGUUGAAGAGAAGGGGAACAAAGGAGAUAAAGGAGAAAGAGGACCACCUGGGAAACUGGGACCAAAAGGAUUUAUAGGGUCAGUGGGUUACAAAGGUCAGAAGGGAGAGCUGGGACUGCAAGGACAAAAGGGGUUAAAAGGAGACAUUGGACCCAUAGGUCCAAAAGGGACAAAGGGUGAAAUUGGCCAUCCUGGAAGGGUUGGUUUCCCAGGGCCGAUUGGCCCGCUUGGUAAUCCAGGUCCUAAAGGUAAUACUGGAGGUAUAGGGCCACAGGGUAAUCCGGGAGUUCAGGGGGAAAGAGGCUUGAAAGGAGAUAGAGGAGACAAGGGGGAUGUAGGUGCCCCAGGAGUCCUGCCAAGGAGUGCUUUCAGUGUUGGCCUUACAGCCAACACCAAGUUUCCCCCUCCAAAUCGCCCGAUCAAGUUUGACAAGGUGCUGUACAACGGUCUGAAUGACUUCAACUCGGCUACUGGCAAGUUCACCUGCAAACACCCCGGUGUUUACUAUUUCACCUACCACAUCACUGUCUACUCAAGGAACGUGAGAGUAGCUCUCGUUAAGAAUGGCAUCAAGAUGCUGCACACGGUGGACAGGUACCAGAGCGGAGAGGAUCAGGCCUCGGGAGCCGCCAUCCUCGAGCUGCAGGGAGGAGACGAGGUGUGGCUACAGGCCCACCAAGGAGAGGCUUUCAAUGGGCUCUUUGCAGACGGUGAUGACGAUACCACCUUCUCUGGGUUCCUCCUGUUCAGCACUGCUGACACACUGGAGCCACUGCUGCUGUCCACCCCGUAGCUCCACGUUUUCCCUGAAUUCUGCAUGCCUGUGCCCUUCAGCCCUCCCUAAGAAAGCUGUUAUCUGCUGGAUUCAACAGGAAAUGCUUGGUUUCAGGAACAGCUUCUGCACAAGAGAGGACAAGUCUUCAGAAUCUACAGUGCUGGGCUUAACAAUAUUAGUGGUUUGGUGACUUACUGUAGGCAUUCACAGGGGUGUGUACCCCAGUUCUGAAGAACAAAUUUUAAAGCAAAGUGGGAUGAAAUAAAAGACAAAAGUUCUGGAA